AUGAAAGUAAUUAGGCAAUGCACGAGGCUCGGGUGCCGGGAGGGUAGGAGAGGGGCAGGGAGGGUAGUCGGUCGGAUCCGGAAGCGCGCCGGAGAUGAAGGCGCGAUACAAUAUCCGGUUAGACGCCAUUUCCGCCGCGAGACGACGCCUCGUGUGUGCGCGGAUCGGGCGGCCGAUGAUGUGCCGUUCCUGGUUCUCUGCGCCAUGGUAGCGAUGGGGAUGAGCGCUGCAGUCCCCGACUCAGGAGUUCGGGAGCUGCCAGCGGUCAGGCACGAGGAGGUCCAUGACGAGUACGGCCAGUACGCCCUCCGGUACAUCACAGCGGAGAAUACCGUAGUCUCAGAGCGGGGCCGUUUGAUACCCAGCCCCAAUAGCGGGUACGUCCUGGAGAUCGAGGGACAAUACCAGUUCAUCGGCGAUGAUGGCCAGCUCUACGUCACCAAGUACCGCGGCGGUCCCGAUGGGUUCCACGUAGACGGUACCCACCUGCCAGAACCAGUGCCCAUAUUGCCUGCUUGA